AAAUAAUUUAGAAGAAUGACUGAGAAUUUCUGUGUCGAAAAUCUUACUUCCGGGUUGGUACAAGACUCGGCUGGUUUUUUUCGAUCGUGGAUCUAAUGAUGUAGACGAGAACGGAAGUCCUUAUAUGAGCAUUUCUCCCGGAAAAGCGCACCCGCGCAUACACAUUUGACCCUAGGAGAGCGAGACAGCGCACGUCAAUGUGCUUCAAAAUCGUUGCCAGCGCUGCAUAGGAUUUGUUUGAAAAUGCCUCCAAAUAAGUGCAUUUUUGGAUGUGAGGGAAAGUUUACCAUGUUCAGCUUCCCAAAGAACCCAGCGUUACAUGAACAGUGGAUGCAGUUUGUUUUUCCGGGGCAGCAACCUAGUGUAUCAAGUGCGUUUGUGUGUUCUGGUCAUUUUUGUGACAAAUGUUUUAUAAACAAAGCCCAAGUCGACGCUGGAUUUGCACAUCGUUUGCUAUUAAAACAUGGAGCCAUCCAUGUGAUUAAAGACCCCAUUCAUGUAAGUACAAUUAUGCUGUAAAUAAACCAGUGAGUUUCCUGUCUCCUGUAAUAGCGAGUGUGAUUGGAGGGUGUUGGGCCUCUUUCUCUCUCAUUAAGGAGAGAGUACUUGUACUUCUGUAUCAUAAGCGCGGAGAAGCUUGUGGGUGUUGAGUUAAUCAUGCUGAGGAUGAUGGGAAGAUGCCUGACACUCAUUUUAUUGUCUUCAGUUGUAAUGCUCAUCACAGCUGAUGAGAAGAAUGUGAGGUUGGUUGGUGGCAACCAUUCCUGUUCUGGUAGAGUGGAGGUGUUUCACAGAGGUCAGUGGGGAACAGUGUGUGAUAAUUACUGGGAUUUGGCUGAUGCUGCAGUGGUGUGUAGAGAGCUGGACUGCGGAGAACCUGUAGAUGCUCUUGGUGCUGCUCAUUUUGGACCAGGAUCAGGACCAAUCUGGAUGAAUUUUGUUGUGUGUGCUGGAUCAGAGUCUACACUGAAGAACUGUGGAUCAUCAGGAUGGAGAAAAAACUACUGUUCUCAUAAUAAAGAUGCUGGAGUCAUCUGCUCAGAUGUCCGGCUGGUUGGAGGUUCUCGCUGCUCUGGGAGGUUAGAGAUCCUUCAUAAUCAGACGUGGAUGUCAGUGUGUGACACUGUCUUUGACCAGCAGGAUGCAGAGGUUGUGUGUAGAGAGCUGGACUGUGGGGCUCCUGUACAGGUGCUGGGAGCAGCUGCUUUUGACAAAGGAGACGCUCAGAUGUGGACACAAGAGAUUCAGUGCAGAGGAAACGAAUCUCAGAUUCACCUUUGUCCAACAUCAUCCUCACAAAAACAAAAUUGUUCUUAUGUAAACAACAUUGCUUUGCUGUGUACUGAGAUAAUAAAAGUGAGGUUAGUUGGUGGUCACAGUCGCUGUGCUGGUAGAGUGGAGGUUCUUCAUAGAGGUCAGUGGGGAACAGUGUGUGGUGAUGGCUGGGAUUUGGCUGAUGCUGCAGUGGUGUGUAGAGAGCUGAACUGUGGAGAACCUGUAGAUGCUCUGAGUGCAGCUCAUUUUGGACUGGGAUCAGGACCAAUCUGGAUGAAACAUGCAAAAUGUACUGGAUCAGAGUCAACACUUAAGAAAUGUGGAUCGAUGUUUUCAGAUUUUCAUGACAAGUGUCGUGAAAAAAAUGCUCAAGUCGUUUGUUCAGAAGUCCGGCUGGUUGGAGGUUCUCGCUGCUCUGGGAGGUUAGAGAUCCUUCAUAAUCAGACGUGGAUGUCAGUUUGUGAUGCUGCCUUUGACCAGCAGGAUGCAGAAGUUGUGUGUAGAGAGCUGGACUGUGGGGCUCCUGUACAGGUGCUGGGAGCAGCUGCUUUUGACAAAGGAGACGCUCAGAUGUGGACACAAGAGAUUCAGUGCAGAGGAAAUGAAUCUCAGAUUCACCUCUGUCCAACAUCACCAUCACAUGAAAACAACUGUUCACAUGACAAUGAUGUUGGACUGAUGUGUGCAGGCAGCAUGAGAGUGAGGUUGGUUGGUGGUCACAGUCGCUGUGUUGGUAGAGUGGAGGUGUUUCACAGAGGUCAGUGGGGGACAGUGUGUGAUGCUGGUUGGGAUAUGGCUGAUGCUGCAGUGGUGUGUAGAGAGCUGGACUGUGGAGAACCUGUAGAUGCUCUGGGUGAUUCUUAUUUUGGACCAGGAUCAGGACCAAUCUGGACAAAUCUGAAGUUAUGUACUGGAUCAGAAUCUACGCUAAAGAACUGUGGAACAGUGGAAUGGGGUUUAUUUCAAUGUGAUCAUACUAAAGAUGCUGGAAUCAUAUGCUCAGGCGUCAGGCUUAUUGGAAACUCCAGUUGUUCUGGGAGCUUAGAGAUACUUCAUGAUCAGACGUGGAUGUCAGUGUGUGACACUGUCUUUGACCAGCAGGAUGCAGAGGUUGUGUGUAGAGAGCUGGACUGUGGGGCUCAUGUACAGGUGCUGGGAGCAGCUGCUUUUGACAAAGGAGACGCUCAGAUGUGGACACAAGAGAUUCAGUGUAGAGGAAAUGAGUCUCAGAUUCACCUCUGUCCAACUUCCUUACACAAAGACAGUUGUUCACGUGAUGAUUAUCAGAAGCUUUUCUGUGCUGAUAAAAAGAAUGUGAGGCUGGUUGGUGGUAACAGUCGCUGUGCUGGUCGAGUGGAGGUUCUUCAUAGAGGUCAGUGGGGAACAGUGUGUGAUCUUGGUUGGGAUAUGCCUGAUGCUGCAGUGGUGUGUAGAGAGCUGGACUGUGGAGAACCAGUAGAUGCUCUGGGUGAUGCUCAUUUUGGACAAGGAUCAGGACCAAUCUGGAUGUAUCUUGUAUUAUGUACUGGAUCAGAGUCUACACUGAAGAACUGUGGGUCAACAGGAUGGAGCAAACACGACUGUACUCACAAAUCUGAUUCUGGAAUAAUCUGUUCAGACUAUGAUGAUGUGGGGGAGGAGUCACACAAAGAAGGAGGGGCUAUAUGACUCAAUGGCCACACCUUCUGCCUCUGUUCAUGAAAUCAUAUUACAGUUACUGGAGAUGCUGGGAGCUUCUCAUAUUGCUACUAAUGCAUCAAUGCCUUAUGUUUUUAUGUUAUUUUAAAUAUUUUUGUAUGAAAAGUAAGAUGCUUUGCAAAAUUCAGUAUCAACAAAUUUAAAUAUUUUUAUUUUUAUUUUAUUUUAUUUUAUUUGCCUUUAUUUAACCAGGAGAUAACCUCACUGAGAAUAAGAAUCUCUUUUACAGGAGUGUCCUGGCCAAGAUAGGCGGCCCAGUUAUAUAAAAACAUAUAUGACAAACAACAAUACGUCACAACAGUAAGAUAUCAAUAAAAUAUAACACUUUAGCAUUUGCUAUUUUAUUACUAUUUUGAUAUCAAUGCUUUUCACCUAAUAAACAAAAUAUAUAAUUUCAACAUCA